AUGAGAAAGGCGUUCAAAAAAGCCUUCCAAGAGCUCAAGGAUGUCGUGGACGGCAAGGAAAAUCGACAUGAUCAGUUCGAGUCUGUUCCUUUCCCUCCGCAAGGCUCCGGCUCUCUAGGCCCUGAUGUGGCCUUGCAGCAAUCGACUGCUGUCUGGCCCCGUCCUACGCCUCAAGAUAUCAUUCGCUACAGAUACCAACAUGGCACGAACUUGGGCGCCAUCUUCGUCUUGGAGCAGUGGUUGUUUGGGAGGAUGUACGACGAAAAUGUCUCGUCGGGCAGCGAGCUUGAUGCGGUUGUGGCAUCAAUCAACAACCGAGGUCUCCUUGAAACCCGCCAGAAGUGGGAAUCUCACUGGCACCGCGCCCUAACCGACGCGGACCUACACUGGCUAACGCACACCGCGCACUGCAACCACAUCCGCCUCCCCAUCGGCUACUUCACGCUCGGCCCAGCCUUUUGCACAAACACUCCAUUCGGCCUACCUGUGAACAGUACACCUUCCAGCACGAGCACUACUCCUGCCGAAGUCUACGUCAACGCCUGGACGGCCGUGAAAGAACUUAUACGCCGCUGUAUAGCGGUCGGAAUCGGUGUGCUGAUCGACUUCCACGCCGUCCCCGGCGGCGCGAACCACGAAACCCACUCCGGCACCAGCACCGGCCGCGCCUCGCUCUGGGGCAACAGUGACAAUCUCGCCCUAGCGACGCGGUGUUUAUCGUUCAUGGCCACCGAGGUAACGCGCGAUCCAGGCCUCGCUGCAGGAGUGAUGGGGAUCCAAGUCUGCAAUGAAUCCAUCAUCGAUCCGCCGGGCAUGUACGAAUGGUACAACGAAGUGAUCCAACGCAUGUCGGCCAUCGAUCCCACUUUACCCAUCUAUCUUAGCGACGGGUGGGAUUUGGGCCGCGCAGUACGGUUCACUAGAGCAUAUAACAACACCGACACCAAUACUGCUACUGGUCACAAAUGUCCGGUUGUCGUCGAUUGUCAUAAAUACUGGACCUUCGAUGAAAAAGAUACGUCUCGCUCGGCCGGCGAGAUCAUCGAGCAGAUCAAAACGCAGGAAUUGCAUGAACUUGAGGACCCCAAUUUGACCGGGGAUGUGUUUGCGCAUCAGGCCGCCGUGGGCGUUUAUAUUGGCGAAUAUUCGAUGGCUUUGGCACCGCAGACUUGGGAUAGGAGUGGUGCUGGCGCUGGAACGGAUCCGAACGGGACCGUGAAAGACAAUCUGAUGCGGCAAUUCGGCAACGAGCAAUCACGCAAAUGGCAGCACAGAGCUACGGGGUCGGCCUUCUGGACGUUCAAGAUGGACUGGAUGCCCGGCUGGGAAUGGGGGUUCAAACACGCCACGGAGAACAAAUAUAUCACGGCCCCAAGGGUUCUGGGAUACACGGUCCGAGAAGUCCGAGAGAAACUCAUGCUCGCUGAUCAGCGAAAGGGUCAAUUGCUUGAUGACGCCGUUGCGGGACAUACGGCGUAUUGGGAUUCCCUUCAGCAGAAGAACCAGGGCGGCGCGAGUGUCGCUUCGCCGCGGUUCGAACAUUGGCGGUAUGCGGAUGGUUGGAAUCAGGGAUGGAGUGACGCGCGAGACUUCUUUGCUGCGCGAGUCGACGGGUACGUUCCGUCGUUGCUGGGCGGUGCCGGCAUCGGUGGGAGCGCCGAUACUAGUGGUAUGCCAGUGCGUCCUGAACCAAUAUCGCUAGAUGAUGGGCCAGAUCUUCCCGUCGGUGCAGACCUCGUUGGCGGCGCCUUGGAUCUUUGGAUCCUCAGACGUAUGCGUGCUGAAGGCAUGACUGACCAUCAGACGUAUCCUUUUGGGUGGGAGUGGGAACAUGGCUUUCGCGCGGGAAUGAGGUCGUUUGGAGAGGUCGUUGGGUGA